AUGACUAGUCUAGAGACUAGUCUGGCACAAUCCGGACUUCAACAAGCACCUGCAGCACCUGAGCCCUCGGGGGCCGAGCAUGAACCAGAGCCUAAAGAAUCCCAGGUGGGGUACGAUCCAAUGGAUGUGGACCUCGAGGCAAUUCCAGAGGAAGAACCAGAAGAGAAAGAACCGAAGUCAGAUCCUGAAGAGCCUGAGGAUGAGCCUGAAGAAGAACCGGAGCACAUACCCGAGUAUGAGCAAUGGAUUGACCUCGAGUUUGUGCCAGAGGAUGAGUUUGAUGAGGAGCCCGUCGAGGAGGAGUGGGACGAAGUUCCAGCGGAAUCAGGUGAUAUAAACAACCCGAUUGAGAUCGAGGCCGAACCGGAGUACUCAGAGAGCAGUCAGUUCAGGGGGAUUCAGAUUCAGAUGAUGAGGAGUUAG